AUGGGACCCUGCGACCUCACAGUCAAAGACACGGCGAUACGACGGUGUCUUACGCUCCUUGCCAUAAAAACGAUUGCCCGGCUUUACCGAUAUGACGGUCCCUGCGUUCCCAUCUCACCCUGCGUCAUCGUGAAGAAGGGCAAGAGCAUAGACGUCACCGAAGCGGCAACAAUGAUGUUCAUCGCCAGACAAACGAGCAUUCCAGUCCCCCGCGUGUACUGCGCUUUUGUCCGCAAACGAUCGACGUAUCUUGUCAUGGAGAGAAUCCGUGGCAAAACCCUCGCGGCGGCCUGGCCUGGCCUAUCCGACUUGGAACGCGAGCAUGUCUUGACGCAGUUACGAAAUAUCGUCCAGGAGCUGAGGGCGCUCCCGCCGCCAGAUUGCGCCGUUCAAAGCUGCGUGGGAGGCUCGCUGCGCGAUUCUCGCAUUCCGCGGUCGAAACCGAGAUUUGGGCCCUUUCCAUCCAUACCAGCAUUCCAUCUGUGGCUACGCGACGGACUGCAGCUGCCUCAGUGCCCAGAUCACACGGAUGACGAUAAAUGGGCCCCUAUCAAGCGCAUGAUAGUUAUGCAGGAUCGCGAACCGUCACCGCCCGUGUUUACUCAUGGCGACCUCAAUCCUUUCAAUAUCCUUGUUCGAGAUGGGAAAAUCGUGGCUAUUAUAGACUGGGAAUUUGCAGGGUGGUAUCCCUAUUACUGGGAAUAUACAUCAGCCUGGCUUGGGAACAAGACGAGGCAAGCAUGGCAAAACCUUAUCCCGAAGUUUAUUGACCCAUGCCCAGACGAACUCGGAAUGGAAGCAGUUCGUCAGAGAUGGUGGGGCGACUUCUGA